CCAAGUGAAAAGUGCGACAAAACCCAGCAACUGUGCUGGUGCACGCACUGGUCUAGUUUCACCGGAAGUAGUACACUUUAAUUCCGGACCAAAUAUCCCGUCGUUGUCGUGCUUAUUGUGGUUCAGUGGCGGUGGUGACUUUGCAUUUGGUACAACCACCGCCAUCGUGUGCCACCAUCGUGCCGAUUCGUUGUGGUCCAAUCCUCAGUGUCCUUAGUGUUGCUGUGUGACUGUGUGCUGUAAGUGCCUAGCAGGUAUCUAGCGGCCUCAGCUUUUCCGAGUCCGGCCAACUUUUCGUUUUUCCCCGGGGGCCAGUCUUCAAGUUAGCUUCUUGUUUCGACCAUAUCGUCGGGCACAUAAACCGUACGCACCGCAGCAGCUCCGUUCGUAGAACCGCAGGGACACGAUGGGAUGUGAAAGGAUAGACGACAGCGACAACGGGAAGAGAGACGGAACGUGAUUCCUUCCGGACACUCCGGAUUGAAGCGUGGUCAGUGAGCGAGCUCUGGAUUGCGUGCAGCGAGCAAAGCAAACACGAAAUCAUUGUCUUGGCAUUGCGGCAGCCUCUGUUACUGAUUUGCAAUUACGUACAGAGCCUGAGCCUGAGCUGAAGAAGGUUACACUUUUGCUGUGAAAAUUCAUUCUAUGGCUCGUUCUUACGAGACGAGUUACUGAGGGAAGUGAGUUUAGUUUUGCGGCGAGUGACAACAGCGGAUCAUACAUCGUGAGCGUAGAUUGUGUGGAAAAUCUUCCCCGUGGUUUUUCCGUGGUGGUGCACCGGGGGCAGCCGAAUGCAACGACGGGCCACAGCAUAGCAGCAGAGUGCGAGUGCAUGCGAGUGUUGGUGAGUGCAUGGUGCGCGGUGUCGCUUCAUCGCACGACGAGGAAGGAUCUUUGUGCGCCGUCAAGGUGAAUGUGUAAACGUGACCACACACUACCACACUGCUACUACGGCCACCGAUUGUGUACGGUUUGAUGUUUCCCCGCAUCCCGACGACGUUAUGUCGUGUGCCGCGUGAAUUCACAAUUAUGUGGGUUAAUGGAAAGGGCUGCAGUAAUCAUAAUUAUAGCACAACGCCGUUGCCGUUGCCGUCGCCGCUGCCGCCGUUCAUGCAAAUCAGUGCAAACUGCUCGAGGCGUCAGUAAAGCCGGUGCCUGUGACGCUUGUGCCAACGCGUGGUGUCCCGGAGACAGAAACGCGACGACAGAGGAGAACAGCGUGACUCACUCGGUUGCGAAUCAAUAUGUGCCGCUGUAACAAGGCCAGGUGAAAACCGCAACAAUCCGGCAGAAAAGUGUAACGACUGGUAACCGGUAACAAACACACACACACACAACCGGCCGCUGUACACCAACGACGGACAGGAGCACUCGACACGUUUUGAUCGAUCGGGUUCGCAAACGGGGGAUCUGCGCACAGCUGCUAUUUGGAACUCGCCUCGCCGUUCAGUCAGUCAUUCCAGCCGCGCCAGGAUGCAAUUUGGUUGGGCGUACGAUGGAGUUAACGGUUCAGUGCCCCGAAAUACCGGUCCGGAGUGUGCGGAGUACCUUACGCCGGGUCGGAAGCUGAUCGAAACCGUCAUCAUCGUACCACUGUGUAUGCUAGCGAUCAAAUGGUCAAUGAGCCGGUUAAAACCGAUCACCUGGCGUCAACCACCCGAGCGCACUGUCGUCAGCAACGCAGCAGCAGCACCACCACCACCCGGUGGUGCCCUUCUGAACGUCAACCGGCCGCUCAGUAGCAGCAACCACAAUCUGCACCAUCUGCACUACCAGCGCCAUGCGGAACCGGAACCACGGGAUCUGCUGCUACCGCAUCACAGGGAGCGAUCGUUUUCGUCCGCCUCGAUUGCGAGUGGGUCGGCGGAAGAGUACUGCUGCCAUCGAUGCUGCCAGACGGGUUCAUCGGUGGCCGGUGGGCGAGGAGGCUCGAGCCUUCAGCCCGGUGAUACCCUGGCGCCGAGCUGGGGCAAACAAUUCCUUCUCGUUACUAUGACACUCACGUUGGGCGUUGAGAUAGGCUUUAAAUUUGCAACUAGGACUGUUAUCUACAUUUUAAAUCCCUGUCACAUAACCACUGUUAUACAGAUUUAUCUGCUGGCCUGCAACAAGCCAACCAAGAGCUCAACCGUACUAUUUCGGCUGCAGAUGAACUACUUGAAUGGGCCACUUUUGGCGUUCAUGUUUCCGGAAACGGACAGCCGGCAGAUAGCGCUCGAGGCAUCCCUCUACUGGAUUCAGCAUGCACUCAUGGUGAUAAUACCGAUAUACUUACUCAAGACCGGUGGUGUCUACAAUAUGGAAGCUUUAAAUGAUUUCACAUGGAACGUUAUUGGUUACGCCGCUCUGAUCAUCUACCAUUUCGGUGUUUUACAAAUUGCGGCCACGCCGGUACAGGUGAACCUCAACCACAUGCUCUGCCCAGCACUGAAGGACCCAUUCGAAGGCCCCAACUACCGUGUAUGCGCGGUGUUUCACGAAGCCAUCCUGUGCACGCUGC